UAUAUAUAUAUAUAGAGAGAGAGAGAGAGAGAGAGAGAGAUGGAGGAGACGCAAGAUGGUGAGGUGCUAGACACAGAGAUGGAGAAGGCUUCGGACACGGAAGCAGCGAUAAAGAGCGCUAUGCGUGCACGCGUAGGUGAUUUCAAGGUUCAAGCCGAUUCCUUGACUUUAGAGGGUGUUCGAAGAUUGCUAGAAAAAGAUCUGAAGUUGGAAAAAUUAGCGUUGGAUGUCCAUAAAAGAUUCAUCAAACAAUGUUUGGAAGAGUGCUUUGAUGUUCCCAAUGACGAGAUUUCCAAGACUUCGGGGGAGAAUGUGGAAGAAGUUGGUCAUUCUGAUGAAAAAAGCACGACAAAGUUGGUUGAAGGUCUUCAACCUAAGAAAGAGGCAGAAAUUAAUUCUAAAGACGAGAAGAAGGAAGGAUCUCCAGUUUUAGGCCUCCUGAGAGAAGGAAAGCAACAUGAGGACACUCAAACUACUGAAUUGGAAGAAGUUCCAAGCGAAGGCACAAUAAAGAAGGCUAUUAAAAAAAGAGCUGGUUAUUUUAGAGAGAAUUCUGAGCAAGUUACUUUGGUAGGAGCUCGUAGACUGUUGGAAGAAGAUCUUGGACUCGAUAAAUAUGCUCUUGAUUCCCAUAAAAAAUUCAUAAGUGAUCAAUUAGAUGAGGUACUACAUGGUUCUGAAGUUGCUCAAUCCGCAAAUGGGAUUAAGAAAAAAACUCAAAAUAAUAAGGUGUCUAAAAAGGUUAGCAGAACUAGAAGUUCUGAUUCUUCUGAUGAGGAGGUUGAUGACGAUGACAUAAAGGCAAAAAAGAAAAUAACUCCAAAAGGGAAGUCAGGGAACUCUGAAGUGGCAAAGAGCCGCAAAAGACCUGCACCAGAAAUUAAAUCAUCUAGCAACAAAAGGAAAAAGCCUGUGGAGCCUACGUCAGGGGAAAGUAGUGAUGAAAAAGAUGGAAACCUCUCCGAAAAUGGUCAAUCUCAAUCCUCUGCUGAUGAGCCAGUGAAGAAAAAAAAAGAAGUUUCAACUCAAGCAUAUGGGAAACAGGUGGAGCAUUUGAAAUCAAUAAUCAAAGCAUGUGGGUUGAGCAUUACACCAUCAGUGUACAAGAAAGUCAAGCAGGCUCCUGAGAAUAAACGUGAGUCCUACCUUAUAAAGGAAUUGGAGGAUAUUCUUGGGAGAGAAGGGUUGUCCACAAACCCGUCUGAGAAAGAAAUGAAGUCAGUUAAGAGGAGAAAGGAAAGAGAAAAGGAACUUGAAGGCAUUGACAUGAGCAACAUUGUCGCAAGCUCUCGCAGAAGGCCCACGACCUCUUAUAUGGCUCCUCUUCCAAAGCCCAAAAUUUCAGUUGAAAGUGAUGGCAAUGAUGACAAGAAAAAUGAUAAUGAAGACGACACUGAUGAUGAUGAUGAUGACAGCAGUAGUGAAGGAACAAGUGAAGGACUUGAUGAAGAUGUCGAGGAUGAGAAUGACUGACCUCGCAUCAAUCAAGUUGCUACCCAAGAUGUGGAUAAUCAGUGAUUCUAGGUUCGGUUGCACUCAUGAAUGCCCCAUCUUUUCUUCUCCCCUUCAUUAUCAUUUUUUUAGGGUCAGGAGGUUCUUUUUGGCUGCAGCUGCUAAAAUUUGGAAGUUCUUAUGAAUAUAAUGUAAGAUGCAUAUUAAAAUUCCUCUUGAAUAUGUACUUUAGUAUUCAUUACAUGGGUGGUGUGAGAUCUGAUGAUGAUGAAUGGAAAUUAGAAGUCACUUGGUUAA